ACAAACGUGUUUACAUUGGAGAUUUACCCCCCUUUGAGAAAUGGCUGUAUGUCACCUGUAGAGAUUCCAAAGAACGAAAUUUACCACGUUGGUUAUGUAACAAAAUAUUGAAAUGACAGAAGGAAUUUUAUUGCGCCAUGGCUAGUGGACAAGGCCCGAGUAAUCGAGCACCAAGACCAGUCAGUGUGUCCAAGGACGAAGAUUACGCCAGACGGCUACAAGAAGAAGAGAAUGCAGCAGCUUUAGAGGAAGAUGAACAAUUAGCUAGAAGAAUGCAUAGACACAUAAACAUUAUGCCGGGACCUGUGAUGAGGCUGAGGGGGGAGGAGGCACACCCUCCUCCAGCACCCCCUCUCCGAUCCAUGACCCCCAUAACACAACUGUUUGCAGAUUUAGUUGUCCAUGCAAGCAGGGGUAGCCAAAGACAGAAUCAGACAAAUGCUUUGUCAGAGAGUGAGGAAGAAGAUGAUUCUGACUCUGACACAGAUACCACGGUAGAGGAAAACUCCCCUAAUGCCUCCCCUGUAGUACCAGCCACCCGUGGUCAGAGAGGGAGAGGAGGGAGGGGGACAGCAAACGCCAGGAGAUCUGUUCAUGGCAUUAGACCAACAGAAACUGAUGUGGUUGUCACACCUGCCCCCUCUGUGGCUUCCACUCGAAGAGGGGGAACACGAGGGAGAAGCCGAGGCAGAGCCCCAAGGAGAGGGAGAGGUACAGGCAGAAUAACAGUGACGAGGAGGGAUGCCUCGGACACCCCCUCAGGAGUACCUCAAACAAUGGAAGCUAGUGCUCCACCAUUGUCUAUGGCACUGAACCGUCCAGAACUCCCCAGAGGAGAAACAGAACCAGAGAUAAUGCUGUUGAAUGGAAGGCAGAGCAACUCUAAUGCUGAGGAUCGGUUUAUUCAUAUAAUGAGAGAUCCUAUGUUGUUGAUUUUGUUUUUGAUGGGGCGUAGACCAGAACUACUUGUUCCAGAUGAUGUGGAUCCAAAUGAUUAUGAAUCUCUGUGGGAACUGGCUGAAAGAAUUGGUGAAGUGAAAAAUCGGGGGAUGGAGGAGAAGGAAAUUAAGGCCCUUCCUGUGAAGACGUACACCUCUAAAACACAAAUCUACACUGAGGAUCACGAGGGCCCUGGGUGUCGUGUGUGUCUAUCUUCAUACAAAAGUGGGGAUAAACUCUGCACUUUACCAUGUAAACAUGACUACCAUGCUGCUUGUGUCAAAGAAUGGCUGAAGAGAAAUGCAAACUGUCCAAUAUGUCGACAUGAUAUGAAACCAAGUUAAAAAGAGAAAACUUAGGGCAUUCACAGCACACAAGGAAGGAUUGCAGAAUGUAAUGUUGAAUGUAUAAAUUUGAUGAAUGAAGAAAUAGUGCUUAAACUUUUAUACAUACAGAAAACUCUGCAUUUCAAUAUUUUCUAGGGUAGAUAUGU